AUGUCUGGAAUCAUCCACAAAGUCAAGGACACUAUUGCCCAACACAAGGAAAACAAGGCAGAGCAGAAGGCUGAGAAGACCGAUGAGCACCACACCGGCAAUGACAGCACCAACUAUGGUCCCCAUGACAGCAACAUCGCCAAUGAAGCCGACCCUCGUGUUGAUAGCGACCGAUCCAAGAUGACCGGGUCAUCAGGAAACCACGGGCCCCACGAUAGCAAGCUUGCCAACAAGACCGAUCCCCGCGUCGACAGUGAUCGGGAUGGCCGUGCUGCCUACACCUCAACUGCCGCCCCAACUACUACUGGCGCUGCUUACGGCUCAACUGACAACUACGACACCUCCCGCUCUUCAAACUUUGGCCCUCACGAUAGCAAGCUUGCCAACAAGGCCGAUCCCCGCGUCGACAGUGAUCUGGAUGGUCGUGCUGCCUACACCUCAAAUGCUGCCCCAACUGCUACUGGCGCUGCUUACGGCUCAACUAACAACUAUGACUCCUCCCGCUCUUCGAACUAUGGCCCCCACGAUAGCAACGUCGGCAAUGCAGUUGACCCCCGUGUUGAUAGCGACCUAGACAGCCGAGGUGCUCGCAAUGCCUCGACUGGUUACAGCGCAGCUGGACCCACCAGCGCCGGUACUGGCUAUGGAUCUACUGGCACCAACUAUGGUACCGCCAACACCUACGACUCCUCCCGCUCCUCAAACUAUGGUCCCCACGACAGCAAGAUCGCUAACGAGGUCGACCCUCGUGUCGACAGUGACCGUGACGGACGUGCUGCUCAUCACAGCACCUCCUCCGGCCACGGUGCUGGCUACGCUGCUACUGGUGCCGCUGUCGGUGCUGGCGCUGGCUACGUUGGCUCACAGCACCACUCUUCCACUCACUCCCCUUCCACCGGUCCAGCCACCUCAACUGCCGGUCCCCACUCAAGCAACCUAGAGAACAAGAUGGAUCCUCGCAUUGACAGCGACACUCCUAACGACCGCUACUCCGCUUCCACUGGCCCGGCCUCGAAGACUGCUGGUCCCCAUGAGAGCAACAUUGCCAAUGAGGCCGAUCCUCGUGUUGACAGCGACCGCAGCAAGGCUGACUUUGUUGGUGGUAACUCCUCAUUCAAUAAUGAUGUCCACAAGGGUAGCCUUGGAGGCGGCAAUAUGAUUCCCAUUUCUGGACACAAGCCCGGGGCCUCGACUACUACUCAGACUUUCGAGAAGGCGCAGAAUGAGAAUCUUGGUGGUAGCUCUGUCGCUGGUAGCAGCUACACUGGUCAGCACACUGGCCAGCGGACUGCUGGUCCUCACAGCAGUGAUGUCGCCAACAAGCUCGACCCUCGUGUCGACUCUGACCUUGAUGGGUCCAAGACUCUUGGCUCUCAGCGUGUUUAA